AUGGGCAAGGGGCGCAAAGCUAUCAUUGGCAAUGCCGAUAAUUUCUGGCUGCACUCAUCCAAGGAAAACAGCUUUGAUCUCACGCAUCCACAAUCGCCUUCCAGCGAAGCAAUCUCGCCUCGACUAGACAUAAUCACAUCAACUACACCCAUUACCCUGGACCCCCAGAAGACAGCCCUUGUCAUCAUUGACAUGCAGAACUUCUUUCUAUCAGAAGCAUUCGGAAGANAAAAAGGGGCUGGCCACGACGCGGUCAAGAACUUGGAGCAAUACGCUAUCCCUGCAGCAAGGAAGGCGGGAAUGCAGGUCGUAUGGCUGAAUUGGGGUUUGACAGACAAAGACCUCGACCUCAUGCCCCCUGCGAUUAAGAGGGCCUUCGGAUUCGAGGUAGUCCUAGACGAUGAGGACGAGGAAGUCNGAGACCGAGACGGCAGAGGAGACGUCUUCCGAGAACAAGAUGGAGCAGCGGGUACCCCAAAGGUCAACCCUCAGGACACUGUUGUACUGGAGAACGGCAAAGACAAACGCAUCUACAAGGGUCUCGGCUCAUGGUGCGGGAAUCUAGAGCUUCCAGAUGGUACGACCGUUGAUGGAGGACGCCUUUUAAUGCGCGAUGCCUGGAACUCAGCAUUAUAUCCUCCUCUCGACACUUUAUAUGAAGAAGGUAUCGGCUGCUGGAUUAACAAAGAUCGUAUGAGCGGUAUGUGGNGGGCUCGCACUGACUGCGAGGACUUCUUGCAAGAGAAGGGAAUACGCAGUCUGCUCUUUGCAGGAGUCAACACCGAUCAAUGCGUCAGCGGGACCUUCACUGAUGCAUUUAGCAAGGGUUACGAUUGCGUGAUGCUCAAGGACGCAUGCGGAACGACCAGCCCGAGUUUCUCGCAGCAGUGUAUCGAGUUCAAUGCGGCAAAGAGCUGGGGGUUCGUGGCCACGUGUGCGGACCUCGCGAGAGGUGUGGAAAACAUGGCCAGCCGAUAG